AUGCAGCUUUCAUACAAGGAGCUCCAACGACUGUUUAAAAGACUUCCACUACCGCGAGCUGUUCUCAAGUAUAGCUCAAGAAAACUCAAAAAGGACUUUCGAGCAGGAAACGCAACGCAUUUAUACCAGACCCUACUCUACGAGAUCCUUCACAAAGAACAAUAUAAGAAGUUACCUCAUUUACUAGAUACCUUAUAUAAAUGGGACCGUCCGGAUUGGUGUCGACAAUUUGCUAGAGCCCAUUACAUGACUUUAAAGCCGCAUUGGCCCACGGUGCAUUUAAUAUAUGAGCUUACAAAAGAUGCAGAUGCAUUGAAAGUGUAUAACGACAAGUUGAAAAAACCUUUCUCACUCGUGGAGUUUGUUAAAGAGGAUGUAGGUAAUCAAAACGAAUCGAUUUCGACAAAUGAAACGUUGCCAUUACUAAAAAAGUUUUCCGACCAGCGGCGGAAUUAUGUACCCGGAAUGUUGAACGAGGUCGAGAAUUGGUACAAUUUUAUACAGAAACAACCAACUUUUGAUUUAGCUAAAAGGCCAUUUGAGAUGAUAUACUACCCAUCCAAGUUGGGCACCCCACAAGAUCCUGUUACAAUUGAUGGUCAAUUUAAAAAGCAUGUUGAGUACAUGAAACAGCUAGCUAAAGAGCAUCAACCUAUAUUGAAAGCCAAUUUGCAACUAUUAAUGGCCCAGGCUCGUGGAAAUGGUAGAAACAAUAGUAACUAUGGUGACAAUGGUGUCAAUGGUGUCAAUGGUGACAAUUGUAGCACUUUAAUGAGAAGUAAUGGCAACAGCUCUUCAUCUGACAUUUUCAUAAAUCCAUGGUUCUACAAGCAUUUAAAACGAAAAAGACUGGAUAACACUGUGUCACGCCUAGUGAAAAAGAAUAUCAAUAAAGAGCAUGUAGUAGAUGACAUGUACUUUCGUGAAAUUAUAGACCGCUACAUUUCAUUUCAAUUUUACUUUGAUGAUAUAGACCAGAAGUAUAAAAUGAGCAAAGAUCUAUUCUGA